UCUGCUGCUGAGUUCAGGACAGCCUGAUAGAAGCUGACAGGCUAAAAUGAAGCACUCAGAUAUGAACGUGGCAGACAGGAGCCAGUCUCUUAUGGAGAUUAGGCUGACUCCUACUCCACAUUCCCCAGCGACGAGCAGAACAUCAGGCUCCUACACUUCAGCCCUCUAAAUCCUCUCUUCCCCCUCCAACUGCUCUCUAAGAUGUUUCUGGUUGCGGUCUGAGGUUCGUCCGCUAAAGGAGAAAGUUCACGAUACCGGAAUGAUCAGCCUGAGAGCAGAAAGAUGGAGUCAGAGAGACCAACAAAAAUAUAUGGCUCCAUUAUGGAGGAUCGCUGAGAUUUAUGACACAACUGCAACUCCUGAAGGAGCCAUAAUAGAGACAGAGCGUGAUAGGGUUGACAGGAACCUGACUGUGGAGGUCUGGACUCACAUGGGUGGACUCAUAGAACCAGACAAACCCACAUUCUUUGAUAUCCAGAGCUGCAUUACAAGGAAAUAAAGACAUAUCAACUUCCUGCCUGAGCGCUCCGCCUCAUCGCCGUGGCCACAACAUUACGUUUGAUAAAGGCUUUUUUUGAGUGAUGGAUGAAGAUUUUAUGAGCAUCAAUUUGCACGGCUGACAAGAACUGAAGAGAAUGCUCUAAAAAGCUGCAGCUUUGCUCUGCAGAGUCAACAAAUUCCUGUGUGGAAUUCCUCACUUAUCUGGUGUAUGGAAAGUAAGACGGAGGCUGGAAUUCCUCUGCGGUCUGGAAGAAUGUGGCCAUAAAGGACAGUGGCAUCAUGUCAGGCGAUGAUCAAAGCCAGGAGGCAUUUCCAACCCCCCUCCCUGCUGCCGGAUGAAUAUGGAGGAACGUCUAAGGAGAAAAAGUUCAGGAGUUUUGGAGCAACAUGUACCAGAGUUUGACCCCGUCCGCUUAUGACGCCGGGAAUUACAUGCACCCCCCGGCCAGCUCUCCGGUCUACGUGCCUACCAACAGAGUUCCGGGAAUGCUGUCCACCCUGCCCUACCUGCAGACCUGUGACUCCCCGCAUCAGAGUCACAGCCUCGGCGGGCACCCCAGCUGGGCCCAGAACGCGGCAAACGGCUCCUCCUUUACGCCCGGCAGCCCCCACCCCGCGCACGGAUUCUCCUACACGCACAGCCCGCCGGGCGGCACCGGCGGCGGCCGUGAUGCCGCGUACCAGAGCCCGCUGGUCCUCGGGAGCGGAGCGCGCACAGAACAGUACGGGGGCGCGCUGGUGCGCUCCGUCGGGGGCUCGUACUCCAACCCGUACGCCGCCUACAUGAGUCCGGACAUCGCCACGUCCUCGUGGACGCCGGGGCCUUUCGAGAGCGGGGUGAUCAGCCUGCAGGGCCGACAGGGGGGUCUGUCUGGGAGAAGAUCCAGUCUGGACCUCUUGGACGACAUGCCCACCGAGGGCCGGGAGUGUGUCAACUGUGGCUCCGUGUCCACGCCGCUGUGGCGCAGGGACGGCACCGGGCACUACCUGUGCAACGCCUGUGGCCUGUACCACAAGAUGAACGGCAUCAACCGGCCGCUCAUCAAACCACAGAAGCGACUGCAGAGCACGUCCCGCCGGGCCGGCCUGUGUUGCACCAACUGCCACACCAGCACCACCACGCUGUGGAGGCGCAACGCAGAGGGGGAGCCGGUCUGCAACGCCUGCGGCCUCUACAUGAAACUACACGGGGUGCCCAGACCUCUGGCCAUGAAGAAGGAGAGCAUUCAGACCAGGAAGCGUAAACCCAAACUCCCCAAAAACAGAACAUCUGCAGGGUCCCUCAUCUCUGACACCGGCUCCCCAUCCUCCCUCUCAGUUUCAGAACACGCCUCCACCGUCAAGAGUGAACCCACCCUGGCGCCAUCGCCCUACGCAGGACAGACUGUCACAUCGGGGACUCAGACGGCCUCCCAGUUGGACAGCUCAGAACCCGGACACGUGGACAUUAAAUACGAGGAUUACCCCUUUACCCCCACCUCCAUGGCUCCACAUAACUCCUGGUGCGCUCUGUCUCAGGCAUAAGCAGGACUGCCGUUUGGACUUAACCGGGCUUCGUCUGUGACUCAUGGAAGAACCCAGUUGGAUCAGCAUUUAAAGCGGGAAAAAUGGCGACAGGAUUUGAGGACUUGUGUGUUUCUUUUCAGUGGGUGCUGCUCACAGGGAAGAACACAAACACACACGAAGCGUUUCAAACCGAUGGCCGUUGUCCAAUUAAAAAGCCACGUUUCCUCAAAAUCACAACUACCUACUGCCUGAAGGCGUGUGCGUUUUGGAGAAACAUUAGGACCGUGGGGUGGAAUGUAAAGAGAUAAGGGUACAGUAACCAGCUUUAAUAGCUCAUAAAGGUUUUCGGCUGCUGGAUUUCACCCUCACUGCUUUCGACGGAGUUUCACGAACAAUUUCCCCAAGACAUCAUCGUUGCAAAGAAAAAGACUUUAAAAAAUCAUCAAAAAAUCCCUUUUUAUGGCUGUUGAACUCGUCUCAUUACCGACAUGUAGAUGAUUAACUUUUAUUGGCACAUUAUUUAUGUUGAGAUAAGGACAGUUAAAAGUCAUUGUUGACACUAAAAGCAGCCUGUUAUAAACCCCUGCUCCCCUCACUGAAGGGCUGUUGCUUUGUGUACGCCGAAGACACGGAGCUUAGAUUACAUUUAUUUUUACGAGACCGCACACAUAAACUGCGUCUUGUAAAAAGUCGCCCUGAAAUCAGGACCAGUGGCUUGGAUUCCACAUACCGGAAGACGACCGCGCUCACGUUUGACAUUAAAGUGCAAUGACUGAACUUAUGGAGAAAUGAAGGAGGCGUGAAAUUAUUGUAAAUCUUAUCUUAGAAUAAUCUUAUCCGCAGUUUUGUAAGGGAAUUUUAUUGCUAUAAAUUUCUUAAGACUUUUUCAGCUCCUGUUUUAUUUUUGAUGCCCGUUUGGAAUCUGUUCAGGUUGAAUCAUUUUAUAAAUCGCUCUGCUGUUAACUGAAUGUUCAUAACCAACAUCUGUCAAAAGGUGAAUGAUAUGAGCUCGAGCGCACUAAUCGAACAAAAUCUGAUGCAACCCAUGAGUGUGUGAAGCAGAAAUGUACGGUGGCCCCGCAAAAACAUUUAAAAGAUUACAAUUAAAAAAGAAAAACAAAUAAUCAGAAAAUAAAUCAUCACUGCAUUCUAGAAAUGAAAACAAAAUUCUAGAAACCAGAACGAGACUCCACAAUAUCUAAGCUUAAAAAAAUAAAAAGGUAAACAUUUGGAAAAACAAAAUUAAUUUGCAGAAAUCAAAAUGAAAACAAAAUAAGAAACAAGUAAAGGUAAAUAAUAUGGGAUGUCACUGAUUGGAUGAGGACAUUUGUCCCCCUAUCUUCAGACAGAAGAUAUUUCUUUAAGCUUUUGACAACAUCAGCCGUUACAAAAGUUCAGUGGUUGCUUUAUCAGUUCAUUCUUCUGUUUUCCCUCCUCUUCAAAACAAUUAACGCCAUCAUCCAAUCAGUGACAUCCCAUAAUACCUAUCUUUACCAGUUCCUUAUUUUGUUUCAAUCUUUAUAAAUUUCGCUUUGAUUUUUGGAGAUUACUUCUAUUUUUCCAAAAUAAUUUUUGUUUUUACGUUUUGGUUUCUAGAAUUUUGGUAUGACUUUGAAAAUGUGAUGUUUUUCCUUUUUUAAUUUUGAUCAUUAAUAUUUGCACUUCAGGGCCACUGUAGAAGUGUUCAUUAAUAAUAAAAAUGACACAUAAAGGGUUUUGCUUUAACCUGAACGUUUUCUGUUUAAAUAAAAAAAAAUGACAUUUUACUGAA